AUGUCCGUUCACAUCUCCAGCACCACUCUCGUGGCGUCGUUGUGGGGUCCGGAAGACGUGACGUCCAUUCCACUGCACUCCAGUGGGCAGUUUCUGUCGCUUCACCUAUCUCCGACAUCCACCAGCGGUGAUGAUACCGUCACGUCUGUGGCCUUCCACCCCGUCGAUGAGACCUGCUUCGUGCUGGGGACAGAAGCCGGCAAGGCGUAUGGGGCGUCGCUGCAGGAGAAUAAACUUUUUCUCCUUGCAGACGUUGGCGAACGCGGCGCGUUGCGAUGCGCCACUUUUUGUCCCGGGUACCUGACAAGCCCAAUCGUGGUGUUCGCCGGCAGUGACAAUCGACUUGUUUUCCUCGACUGGCAACGCGGCACUGUUCUGCAGGAUGUGCUGGCGACGGCGCACGAGCGGCCGAUCUUGCGUAUUGUUACGGGGGCCUCGACAGAGUCUCUCUUCUGCACAGUGAGCUCGGACGCUGUAUCUUGCUGGGAGCCCCUUGUAAAUGACAACCUCGCAUGCGCCAACGACCCGUCGAGCUCCACUGUUCCAGUGACCAGCCUGCAGGGAUCAGGUAGCGCUACGGGCGCUGCUGGUACUUCCCCUAAGGACCGCAGCGCUUCUGGGUUCUCGAUGCUGCGCUACGGCUGCUCUGGCAGUGCAUUGCCGACCCAGUGCACUCUUCAGCUUCAGCGGGAAGGCAACGUUGUGCCAAGGCCCGCCUACAGCCUUACACAUCGCUUUCUUGGAGUUCACAUUCUUCACCCAUCCCUGUUGGUCUCCGUGGAAGCGAACGGUGUGCUAUCUCUCUGGUCACGACCUGUAGCUCUUGGCGAUCACGAGGCCGCGGCGCACCGAAGACGACUUUGCCUGCAGGAGAGCUCUACAACACCGUCGCUGCUGCGAGUGCGUUGCUCUGCACACUGCGGCGCUCUCAUUGCUCUUGGAGCAGAUGUUGCGACGGUGGAUAAGCUGGGCGCUCAUGUGGAGCCGGUGGUGGCCUUUGUCGUUGGGCAGACGCUGGCCGGUGCCGGCAUUGUACGACUACCCAGCCGUGGCGCAGGGGUUCCAGCAAAAGACCGAGCUGUGGCGGUUAUCCAGGUGAACGCGUUGCAGUCAGAUUGUGUAGCAUGCCUCUUGAACACCGGUGUCGUGCAUGUUGUGCUCCCCAGCACGUUUCACCUAGUCUUCUCUAUCCCCUCACCGUCACUAGGCAAGCUUGGCCAUCGCCUCGGCCCACGAUCGCACUGGAACUUCACGCCCUCUGGGCCUACGUUUGGUGCCAUGUGGGCCGAGAAUGUCCUCCUCCUCCUACACCUGCCAACGGCGCGGUGGGGCAAUGCAAGUGCUCUGCCUGUUACGGAAACCGCCACGCUGAACGCCGCAUCGAACACUGCUUCAUCAGCUGGAGAGGUACUUGGCAAGGGCCGAGCCCCCGACUCGUCGAAAGCGUCACGACGAGGCGGCCACACCGACGACACAGCAGCAAUGGCAGGCGGUGCUGUGGUGGUGGCCCAAUCGUUUCUGCGUUCCUGUCCCGCGCUACGGUCGACACCUUCACAGCGAGGAGUGGCACCCGAUCCUGCGCAUAGUAGCGUAGAGGCUGCCCUCGCUGUGCUGUCGUUACGCCGGCUACCCAUCGUCGUGCCGAGGAAGGGAUUCCCUGAUAGGUGGCCAGACGUCAACGAGGUGGACCUGUGCGCCCUGAAGGCGGAGAUGACAGCGCGCCGGACCAGUGGCGCCAAAAAAGACGACAGGGACACGGUCGCUCAUUGCCAUUCGAUCUGGUCGUCGGCAGCGGCGUUUUGCGACACACUCUCCCCUUCCUCCUGCCAGUACAAUUUGCAUCAGCUGCACACGCACUUGCUCAAAUACGGCGUCUUUCCGCACCAGUACAGGCCUGCGAUUUGGCGCUUUCUUGCUGGACUGCCAAGUAAGGCGAAGACGGCGUCGCAGUUUGCCGCAUUCGCCAGGCGACCACCCCACCUCGCCGUGUCGCAGCUCAUGAACCCCUUCCCGCUCCCUCCGUCCAGCAUUCGCGACGCCGUGGAGAGUGCCCUCUCCUGUCUCUGCUGGGCUUCCCCUGUCUUUACUCUCGCUUCCUACCUGCCGGUGCUCGUGUACCCGCUUAGCAUGGUUUUCCAGGAGGACGUGCAGAGCGUUGUGGAGCUUGUGUUGGUGUUUUUCCUCAACUGGGGAAGGGACUUCUUUACGUCCCACCCUCACGGCCCGGCAACGCUGCUCAUGGCUAUGGAGCACCAGCUGCACCGACUAGACGGCCCACUAUGUCAGCAUCUCGACGCCAUGGGCGCCGGCGUGGCGGUGUGGGGAUGGGAACUGCUGACGAGCUUCUUCACGGACUCCUUCACGGGGGCCGAAUGGAUGCAGGUCAUGGACCACGUGUUUACUGCGCCGCCGCUGUGGCUCUUCGCCUUUCACUUGACACUCGUGCGCUCCCGACUUCGACCGGCGCUGACGGCGGCGGUGGGCGUAGACGAGGUGCGUGGCGUACUACGCCGCGUGCCCACCACCGCCGCUGCCCCUCCAGCAUCGUCGCCGCAGAAGUCACUGCAGUGGUUGAUAGAGCAGGGCUAUCGGCUUUAUCACCGUUGGUCAUGCGAGUCCGAUGACUCCUUGACGGCCCUCUCCUCAUUCAAGGUGUUUCAGACACUAACCCCUAAGUUCGAGUACCCUGUGAAGCUUGCUCAUGAUGCUGUCGUCCUCGCUGAGAAGCUACGCGAACUUUCACUUUUGAAGCGUAGUCGUGAUGAGGAAAAGAGAGCUGCGACUCACUUGGACGCGCUGCGCAAGGCUGCUGAGAGGGCGUCUGUCGAGGAGGCGGCAUUCCUGCAGCAGCAGCGCGCUCGCGUGGCAGCCAAGUACGAUGCGUCUGCCGCUUCUUGGCUGGUGCACGUGGCGCUAGAGCAGUCGCGGCAAGAGCGAGAGGCGGAGGAGCGGCAGCUGUGGUGGAACGCGCUGCAGAGGCGGACACGCAACGCUGAAGAGCUGGAGAGUCUGCGCGCCGAGAUGAAUAUGAUGGAGUGUCAGCUUCGACAUGACACGGUGGACCAUCACAUGGAACAGCUCAAGUGGCGACUCGCGUCCCACCUGACGGACGAGGAGCUGCUGCGACUGCAGACCGACGCUGAUGCGCAAGUGGAGCGCGCGGUGCGACGUAUCGAGGCGGAAGCACAGCGCCACACGGAGGAUAGGACGCAAUACGAGGCGGCUCCGCCGCUUGUAGUCGAGGCGCUGCCCGUCGAGAAAGCCAAUGCGCGAGCACAGGCGUCAGGACACGAGGUCGAGGAUUUUCAGUCGCCAACGGAGCCUUCUUCCACCGCAGCUCGGACGGACAAGGAGUGCGACAACACGAGGCAGCCAUCAGCCCGGCAAGGGGGAGCAGUAAGCUCGAAAGAAGAAGAAUCGGUGGACGCUCCAGAAGCGCCAGCAGCCGCAGAAGCUCUCGGUGCACCAAGUCAGCCUUCUGGCGCUCACGUUAAUGUGCAUGAGAGACCCCUCCGCCCCUCCUCGACGGGUGCUAGCAGCAAGGCUCCCUCCCCAGUAUCACUCGCCGCGGAGAAUGAGGCUGGUGACCGUGGGGUUGUGUCGCUACAGCCCAGAACACAUGGUGCUCCUCCAUUACGUGCUGAUGUGCCGCAGGCGCAAGUGCCCGUAGACGAUGCUGUUGAGCCGUCGAACGGGAGAGAACUGCACGCUAACGUCUCUGAAAGGGCAAAGAGAAGCGUAAGGGUAGACCCAACGAAGAGCAGGGCACGCCUCGUGCCACCGCCGCGGCACGCCUAUUGCACUGCAGCUUCCAAGCACGGUGAGACCGCACUCACUCAGCGGCGGUUUUUGGAGCUUCGUGAUCGCGUCUUGAGCAGGCUAGAAGGCUACACCCGAACUGGUUCAGCUGAGAACCCUCUUUGGCGAUACCGACCACCGUACCGCGGCGACGGCGGCGCCGCAGUGGCGAUCGAUUACACGCCCACACUCACAGCGACCGCCUCAUUCCAAUCAUCCUACACGGCGCUCUCCAGUGCGCGUCGCCUGUUUGAUAUCUACGACUCAAGUCAGCGUCACUCAGGUGGUGGCAAGCGUCAGCACCACACAAAAUCACAGAAGCCGCCUCCCUCACCUUCGAUGGACAACACCACCACCGAGAUGACAACGAUGACGAGCUUGACCUCUUCAAGAGGGCAGAGUGUGAGCACCACCACGACGACUACGAGCAACGACGAGUCGCCGUCCAACUACACCUCUUACGACUACGACUACACCGCGACCGGGUCAACGACGUGGCGUACUGGUGACACAGGGUUGACCGGCUCCUCUGUCUACGAUUCCUCCUCCUCCGUCACUCGGUCCACAAGGCUCUACAGCGACCAUAUUGUGCAGGAUGACCAUCGGAGGCCUCUCCGGGCUUCCCGUCGCUGA